GUAAUAUUUCCCGCUGCUCCAUCAGAAAUACUUCAUCGUCCGUUCUCUGUCACUUCGACUCUCAUCCUCACUCUCACUACAUUGAUUGAGUAGUUUUCGUCAAGCUCAUUUCAUGUCGGCUAUUUCUAGCGUCGCUCACCUUCAAUCGACCUAUCACUUACAACCUCAAUACCCAGUCUCUCACUAGGAAAUAACCAUGGCGAAGGCUCGAGCCACCAACGACGGCCGUGUCCGCGUCACCAAGCGCAAGUCUAGGAAGCAGGCUCCGAAAUCGAUGAGUGGCCUUCUCGAUGUCUCUGUCCUCGAGGAUGUGACUGAUAUUGCGGAACUUACGCACCGGAACUCCACAGAAUCACCUCUUUUGCGCGUCCCUCCAGAGAUCCGCAACAGGAUCUGGAAGCAUGCAGUUGGUGGCCUCGAGAUCCACAUCACAGGCGUCGGGGUCCUGGUUUCUGCACAGCUUUCAUACGGCACACGACCUAUCGGUUCAAGGGGAUAUCUCCUCAAACAUCCCAGAGUCGCUUCUCACAUGCACCAAGUCAGUCGCCAGGCAUAUUUUGAGGUGGCCCCCUUCAUCUACACCCUGAACACAUUCAGUUUCGACUAUGUGGGCGUCAUGGAUCGCUGGAUCAAGAAUCGUGCUUUUGGCCAGAUGCAGUUCGUCACCUCUAUCAACAUCCCGUCUCAAUACUAUGGGCUGUACAUACAAGGCUUCCGGCGUACAUUCCGCAAGAAGUUCCCAAACAUCAAGCGCAUUGGCAUUGGUCAUUAUUCGGUUCUUGUCAGAAGGCGGAUGGGCGAGACGAUAGAGGAAACGAAGGACCGCAUCGUCAAGCAGGUGCAUGAGCGCGAAGGUGACGGCGUGGUGGUCGAGUGUCCGGAUAGUGGGACGGGAAGAGCCGGGACGAGGGACUGGACUGUCGCCUUCAAUCGCCCGCACGUGGUGGGCUGGUCUAUGGACAUAGCGAUGGUGAAAUUCGGGGUCCGUGGGUCAGUUGGGGCGUAA